AUGAUAGUACCAGUAAAACUUACGCAGUUAGGUCAUUCGGCUCUGCAUCUUAGAGAUAUCAAAGAGAUCGACAAAUUAGUUGCUGCGGUUGAUGCAAUUGACCCGUCUACGACAACGUCUGAGACAAUUGCUUUUGGACCUUUCGCCAUAUUCCAAAGCCAUUCUGUGAAUAUCACUCAAUUAGACCAAGAAAGUUUUAAUGGCGAGGGAGCUUUGUUUGCUGACGCGAGGGAGACCAAGUCUGGCAUUGAGCCCAUCUCGACGCCUUUUCCAAACAUGGAAUGGUCCAAUUCCUUGGAGUACCCUUUCGACUUCACCACGGAACCAAUCUCCAGAGAAAACUCUGUUGCCAGUAAUGGUAGUUGUAGAGUUUUGUCAAGAGUAAAAUCCGAAGUAAGAAGUCCCACCUCUGAAAAUACGAGCUCUCCGUGGGCAGAAGGCCAGCGAUUUCUACCUUAUAUCCCCGCAGGGAUGAAUCAAACCCUACGGCAAAGCCCUUUGGCUACGGCAUUGAUAGACAACUACCGACAGAACGUUGCACCGUUAUUGCUCCCAUAUUACCUACAGGACAACCCCUACAGCUCAAUCUACAUUCCCAACGCGUUAAUCGGAGCUCGAGAUAUCCUCGAAAACACCACCGCCGUGGAUCAUCACACGCCACUUGGAAAUGUAGCAAUGUUCUACGCUCUCUUGGCUACGUCGUCGUUCCAUCUGCGCGGUGUGAGGGACGAGGGGAAUUAUAGUCAGUUUGAUGUCCUUGGCCGUUUCUUUAGAGAUAAGGCGUUUCAGUAUUUGAGGAAGUCAUUACUUGAUGCGGGAAAGGAAAAGCAUUCUUAUCUAGAACCAGGGAAUGCUUCGACUUCUUAUGCCGAUUGUAUUAUGGGAGCUAUGCUCACGCUAGUCACGACUGAUGUAAUGGAGGGAAGCAUGGGAGAGUUCUGGGUACAUAUUGAUGGCGCUAUGAGGCGACAGCGGCAGAUACCCUGGGGACGUCUGCAUACGUUAUGUGCUUUUCUAUCAACAGUAUCUGAUACGACCAUAUACAAUCUCCCAGCUCUCCCAUGGCCACCAUCGAAAAAGGACCUGGAACGUAGUUAUACAUACACAGGAGCAUCCAUAGAAGACGACUGUUUUCUAGAGUCUACCUAUGGGAUUACAUCUGAGCUCGUGUUUCUCAUGCGCCUCACUACAACCAUGUCACAACACUUGGCAUACUACGUAUCUGAAGAUCAUACAUUUCCCCAAACUCUCGAAACCACCCUCCGCGAAGUUGAAUCCAAGAUCCUAGCAUGGUCAAUCGAGAGUGUGCUGCUGCCCCACGUAGCCGAAGGCGACCAUCUAGCACGCUCGGUAAUCAAAUUACACGUUGAAGCUUUCUACCACGCCCUAAAAAUAUACUUCUACGCACGAGUUACUCCAUGUCCGGCAGCACGGAUGGCAAGUUAUGUCGACACUGUAGUGUCUCAUCUCAUUCAGAUUGAAGAUCUGAAAGCGUCACACGAAUUGCCGCUCACAGCUUCGAUUAUGUGGCCAGGCUUCGUGGCUGCAUGCGAAGCGCGGCCUGAGCAGCAUGCGGAAUGGCGGGCUUAUUGGCAGCGCAUGCUGGAAUACCGGAUCGGGAAUAUCGCGACUUUGUGGCGUGUUGUGCAGGAUGUGUGGGAGGCGAGGAGAAAGGGGAGUUUGGAGACGCCGGGGUGGAUCGGCGUGCUGAGGACCAGUGAGCAGAGGAUUCUUGCGAUCUGA